UUAGAAUUUGCUUCUUCCAAACAUGUGAAAAUAUUAAUUAAUUCAUAUUACUAAGUCUCAAACUGGAUGACUUUUACAAGACACAAACAGAUUCAUGGGAAACACGUUCAACAUGAGUCCCCACAGGAUUUUAACUUCAUGUAUAUAUAGUUGAGUUUGUAUAUCAAUAUUUGAGAUAAAGAAAAUGGGUCGUUCACAUAGCAGAUCACCAAGAUUGUCCCUCAGUAGGUCUGUGGGUCGCGUUCGUGUUCGUGUUCUUUCGCCUUCACUUCAAUGCAAAAGAGCUUCGAAUUCUAUCGAAACUGAUCAGAAAGUUGAGUUCUUGGGCAACGGGGAGGAGAUUGAAUAUGUCGGGAGCUAUGAAAAAGAGAAUGGUGGUGGGACUGGAAAUAAGGUGAUGGUGGUGGUUGACUCAAGUCUUGAUGCUAAAGUAGCUCUUGAAUGGGCACUGUCACACACUGUUCAAAACCAGGACACCAUUCUUCUUCUCUAUGUUAAUAAUUCCAAGUCCUCCAAGAAAGGUAAAGAGUCUCAUGGCAAGAUUAAUUUAAGAGCUUAUGAAAAACUUCAUUCCAUGAAAAAUACUUGCCAAACCAAGAGACCUGGGGUUGAAGUUGAGUUGAUAAUGCUUGAAGGGAAAGAAAAGGGUCCAAUAAUCGUGGAGGAAGCGAAGAAACAGAAGGUCUCAUUGUUGGUUCUCGGGCAAAGAAAGAAAUCGAUGGUGUGGAGAUUGAUGAAGAGAUGGGCAAGCAGGAAAGCCAGGGGAGGAAUUGUUGAUUACUGUAUCCAAAAUGCUUCAUGCAUGACAAUUGCUGUGAGGAGGAAGAGCAACAAGGUUGGAGGAUAUUUGAUUACCACUAAACGUCACAAAAAUUUUUGGCUUUUGGCUUAAUUUGAUCUCACAGAAUUGAUUCAUUUAUUUGGCUGUUCUUCCAUGCAUCAAAGGUGCAAUUUGUGGAUUACUGAGAUAAAAAUUUACCAUAAAUUUAUUUUAUUUAAUCCUAAUGGUGCACCAAG